AUGUGCAGCGGCUCUGCAAAUGGGACCAUGAUGGAAUUCUCGUCGUUGUCGUUGCUGGAGCUAAAGAAGCAGCAGGCGUCGCUGCUUUUUAUCGCCUGGGACGACGACGAGUUUGGCCGCAUCGAAUGUGUCCAGCUUCGCCCCAUUCUUUACGCCCUCUUCCCCUCUGAGGGGACGACGACUGCGCUUAGUUUGCGUGAGAUACGUGAUGCAUUCGCUGUGGCGGUUGGACAGCCGUGGUCGCCGAAGCGUCGCGUGACGCUUUCGGAGGUUCUUGCCGUGGUGGAUGCGCUGUGGGCCUCCCCCGAGCGGCGUCUGCGGAUGGUGCGGGCGUGCCUGCGCGGCGUGUUCGCCUCCGUGUUUGGAGCGCAGCGGGUGGUGUCGAAGGCGGCGCUCGUGGAGGCGGGGAGGAGCAUGACGGGCGCAGCUGCGGCUGCCGGCGUAGCGGAGUCUAUUCUCCGCAGUGCGUCUGCCACCGCCUCAUGCGACACGGUGGAUGUGGAGAGCUUCUGUGAGCUGCUGCUGCCUUCGAUGGGGUGCUAG